AAUCUUAGAUAAUAAAAGAGCUUACUAUCAAAACUAUAAAUUGCGAAACGCACAAGUUUUUUGCUCAGUUCUCAUUUAACCGUGACAGCAAAAUGUUAGGACACAGAGUAAAGGCUCAGGAGUUAAUACGGGCUAUACCAACACAAAAACGCCUGCAGACAAGUGCAGCGAGCAGCGCUAUAAAUGCAUCGAAAAAUGAAUCAUCCAUAGCAAGACAUGCGGGGUGGGAUCAGGCGCGCCCAUACAGUGAGAUACCGAAGGUGUCCCUGCUCCACUUUAUGUACAAUUUAAGGCCCGGAGGCAAGUACAACAAGAUGCAAUCUCCGAAUAUUAUAUUGGACUUGCGUCGCCAACAUGGUCCCCUUUUCAGACUCCCAGUCUUUGGUAGAAAAGAGUUUCUUGUUUCCAACGAUCCGCAUCAUUUCGAGCAAGUUCUACGCGCUGAAGGACCCUGGCCGGAGCGUCCUGGAAAUGAAAUAUUGCACUAUCAUCGAACUGAGGCUCGCAAGGAAUUUUACAAAGGCGUUACAGGAAUUUUAUCAACGCAAGGGGAGGACUGGGCAAAGUUCCGCUCUAGUGUUAAUCCAGUAAUGAUGCAACCGAAAACUGUGCGUCUGUACUAUCAAAAAAUGUCAGACGUUAACAAGGAGUUCAUUCAGCGCAUACGAGAUAUACGCGAUAGCAGCACUUUUGAGGUUCCCGACACUUUUGAGGAGGAAAUCAAUCGCUGGACCCUAGAAUCCGUCUCGGUGGUAGCUUUGGAUAAACAAUUAGGGUUAAUGAAUGCGAAUCGCGAUAAUCCACAGGCCAAGAAACUGUUUGAGGUUCUCAAUCUUUUCUUUGAGUUGUCGGGUGAUCUUGAAAUGAAGCCCUCGAUUUGGCGAUACGUAGCGACGCCCAAAUUCAAGAAGCUCAUUAAAGCCCUUGACGAUAUCCAGGAAAUAACAGUUGGCUUUGUUAACGAGGCUGUGGAGCGUUUAGAACGCGAGCCAUCCAACAAGCCAGAGCACGAGCAGAGUGUACUAGAGAAACUCUUAAAAACCAAUAAACAGAUCGCCAUUGUCAUGGCUAUAGACAUGCUUAUGGCCGGUGUGGACACGACAACUACCGCUUUUACUGGUGCACUCCUCUGUCUGGCCAAAAAUCCGGAAAAGCAAGCAAAACUGCGUGAGGAAAUCCGCCGGAUCUUACCAAACAAAGACUCCGAGUUCAAGGAAGCCUCUGUGAAGAAUGUACCUUACUUACGGGCCUGCAUCAAAGAAUCACUGCGUCUUUAUCCCUUGAUAUUGGGUAACGCUCGUGUCACCUAUUCAGACCUUGUGUUAAAUGGAUACCAGGUUCCUAGCAAAACACAGGUUUUAAUGUUGUUCUCCGGUCUUCUUACCGAUGAUCAGCAUUAUCCACGAGGUAAAGAAUUCUUGCCCGAGCGUUGGCUACGCCAGAGUAAAGAAGAAACGUCAGAUGGAAAGUGCCCACACGCUCUUAAGGCGAGCAGUCCAUUUAUUUACUUGCCGUUUGGAUUUGGUCCCCGCAUGUGCAUUGGCAAACGAAUUGUCGAAAUGGAAUUGGAGCUGGGCCUCGCGCGACUCAUUCGAAACUACAAUGUUGAAUUCAAUUAUCCCACGGAAAAUGCAUUUAAGAGCGUGCUUAUAAAUGUGCCCAACAUACCUCUGAAAUUCAAGUUUACGGAUAUAGCAGACUAAAAUAUUAAUGGUUAGUUAUUCCUUAAAAUAGAUAGUUAUUCAUAAUUUCACAUUAAUUUGAGAACGUAUUGCCCAAAAUUAAUUAAAACGAGAAAGAAGGGCUAUCUUUUGCACGCCGAAGAUUUAAUACCCUUGCAGACCCAACCUUUUCAUAACGCUCAUAGUGGUUUGCCCGUGUCUAAGAAGCAGAGGGGAAAAUAGUUAAUGUCGAGUAUGGUUAAGAUAUCUUGAAACACAAAAAAGUUUUCCAUGCAGAACCUACUUUUCGACCGAUAGUUCCUAUGGUAGCUAUAUGAUAUAGUGGUCCGAUGUAAAUAAGAUUUUGGAUAAAUGUAGGGAACAUAGUGAAACUAAUAAAUGGCGAGUUUGGUCAAGAGAUCUUGAAAAACAAAAAAGUUUUCCAUACAAGAACUUAAUUUUCGACCGAUCGUUCCUAUGGCAGCUAUAUGAUAUAGUGGCCCGAUAUUGAUGGGAUUUUGCAAAUAUAUGAGGAGUAUAGUAAAACUAAUAAAUGCCGAAAUUGGUCAAGAUAUAUUAAUAAACAAAAAAGUUUUUCAUACCAGAACCUACUUUUCGACCGAUCGUUCCUAUGGCAGCUAUAUGAUAUAGUGGUCAGAUCCAGCUGGUACCGAAAGAUGUACUGCCUGCAACAGAAAGAAACACUUCUGCAAAGUUUCAUAAAGAUAGCUUUAAAACUAAGAGACUAGUUCGCAUAGAAACAGACAGGACAUGGCUAUAUCGACUCGACUGUUGAUACUGAUCAAGAAUUUAUACGUCUCCUAUUUAUGUGUCUCCUUCGAUGCGUUUCACAUUUCACGACAAAAUUAUAAUACCCUCUGCAAGAGUAUAAAUAUCAAAAUGUUCGACCUCACGUCAACAGUGAAAACAUGGUGAUUUACAAACAAACCUGCCAAAGAUACGGCAAUAUAUAAUUGGUAAGGGCUAGCUGCUCUUUUAGAAUCGUUUGUUGAACUGGUGUGAACAGAUAAAUUAAUCAACGAAUAAUCCUUUAAAAUCAAUAUUGCUCAUGCAUUUCCCGUCUAUUGGAUAACUCGCAAUUUCCCAAGCUGAUGUAGCGCUUGUGGGCUCAACCAAGGAACGUGAGCUCGCCCUACAACGCUGGCUGGACCUGGAACGCCCCACAGUGCUCCAUGGCUUUUAGUCCUUUGAGUUGUAGCUUAGAUAUAUGUACAUAGCUAUGUUGGGCUUAAGGCUCCCAUAGAAUCAUAUUCUUAAACUGUUUAUGCUUACCUACAUUACUUAUUACUUAUUAUACGUAAUAACCGCUGAAAACUAUCAAAAGGCUUGUAAAGGAAACAUCGGUGUCUGUUUUAAAUAUCUUAUACCUAUCAAUAUGCAAAUAAAUAAACUGCGAAAGUCUCUAAGAUAUAUAUUUUAAA